AUGGGCGCCGCUGCCCGGCUGCUGCCAGCCCUGGCGCUCCUGCUGGGGCUCGGCGCGCUCGCGGCCGCGUCGGGGUCCGCGGGCACCCGCAAGCGAGGCCCCUCGGUGACGGCCAAGGUCUUCUUUGAUGUCAGGAUUGGGGACAAAGAUGUUGGCAGAAUUGUCAUUGGCCUGUUUGGAAAAGUGGUACCCAAAACUGUGAAAAAUUUUAUUGCUUUGGCAACAGGAGAGAAAGGCUAUGGCUAUAAGGGAAGCAGAUUUCAUCGUGUCAUCAAAGAUUUCAUGAUUCAAGGAGGAGACUUCACCGCGGGAGAUGGCACUGGCGGCGUUAGCAUCUAUGGGGAGACAUUUCCAGAUGAGAACUUCAAGCUGAAGCACUAUGGCAUUGGGUGGGUCAGCAUGGCCAACGCAGGGCCCGACACCAAUGGCUCUCAGUUCUUUAUCACCUUGACCAAGACCUCCUGGUUGGAUGGCAAACAUGUGGUAUUUGGAAAAGUCCUUGAUGGCAUGACCGUGGUCCACUCUGUAGAACUUCAAGCAACUGAUGGGCAUGACCGUCCACUCACUGACUGCUGGAUCGUCAACAGUGGCAAGAUAGAUGUGAAAACUCCCUUUGUGGUUGAAGUCGACAACUGGUGACAGAACUGAUGAAGAAAACAACAAAACACACAGAAUCGCACCCCACUGGCUGUGCCAGCGGAUCUUUCGGUUCUUCAGCACCGCUUCCUUGUUGUUUCCACUUGCUUUUAAUUUUCUAUCCCACCUCACAGGAAAGGUCCAAGAAGCAACCACUGAAAGCUGGUCUUGCUUGAACUUUAUUAAAUUACUUAUUCGGACACUUUGCAUUUCCAGGACAUAACUUGUCCUCUAAUGGUGCUAUAUAUUUUUUUAAAGCAGAACUCUUGUGUUGAUGCUUUCUAAGAACUUAAAAUCAUUAUUUGAUUGAAUUCAUUGUGAUUCAUUUAUUCGGUUGUUAGGAAGAUUUGUCUGGAAAAGAUUGAGGAUGUGAAGUUUAUUACUUUGUAUCCCAACAAUUUCUGUAACGCUAGAAGGAAUUGAUUUGUAUAAUCUGAUGUCAUCGGAGUUUUUUACCUGCUAGAAGGUGCUUUAGUGCUCUCUGUAGUAAAUACUUUUUCUAUGCAUCAA